UAAUAUUUUGGCCGCAUCUUAUUGGCGGAGUCGAUGACUUCCUGAAACAAAAUGGUGUGAAAAAUGCGUUCAUUUUUACCUGCCGUGGCCGAGCAGCUUUUCCGAGAUAUUCAAAAAACAUACCAGGAAACGUCUCAAAUUCCUGAUGACCUGCUUAUUGCGCUGAAGUUUGUCUUCGGGCCUUGUGCACUUCAGGCUUUGGACCUUGUUGACCAGCAUUCAGUCACCUGUCUGUCAUCUCCCAGUGGACGCAAAGCCUUCCAGGUAAUGGGAGGCUCGGGGUGUUUGUACACUUGCUUUGUGUCCUGUCACUACUGCCUGUGCCCGGCCUUCGCCUACACCGUGCUCCGCAGAAAUGAGGGCCUGCUGUGCAAACAUAUCCUGGCCAUCUACCUGUGUCAGGCCAUGGGUGUGACUCAGCAGGAGAGUGUGUCUGAUCAGCAGAUGUCCAUGCUGCUCAGCGGGACAGCAGCCCUGUGACACCCAGGUAUGUUCAGAUGGACCAGCACGCCCUUGUGGACCCUCUUGGAUGAGAGCCGAUGUUUUAUACGAACACUUGAGGUCACUGGGGAGAGGAUCGGCGCACAGGAAAAUUAAAAGGGUUUCUGAUCUUUCAUAUGUCUCUCUGAAAGACACCAGAUGUUGCUUUAUUUAUUUUUUCUUCUGGAAGAGCUCUGAAUCUGUUUCCAGUGGAACGUCAUCUGUUCAUUGAGUAUGUGCGGCUUUAUUUUUAGGUUCUUUUUGUCUGAGGCUGCAUCUAUCAGGGAAGUAGUGAGUGUCUGCAUGCUGAAGUUACUUCAGAAACAUUUUAAAAACAUAAACAAUUUUUCCAAUGUGUCAUUUGUAAAUAUAAAUUCUCAUGUGAUUUAAAAUUGAAAUUUUAGGAAUAAAGACUGAUCUGUAACAAUA